GUUGUAACAGACACAAGACAGAUGCAUCUAAAAGGUCGAAGAAAUAAAUCGAGAUGGACGAGGAAGAUGGGGAUGCGUCAGAUGCUGCGUGCCCAAGAGACUCAACGGACAGCCAUUCAGGAGUUGGAAUCGAGAAUUCAAAGGUUGGCAGUACAGAGAGAGACAGCCGACGCCGACACACUCCAGUCUAUGACAGGUGGCCAGCAAAAGCAAUUUUUCCAAACAUGGAUUGGCAGAAACAACCCAUUUAAUAAAGCUGACAUUGCCGAUAGAGAGUUAGACAACAUCAUAGAUCAGCAGAAAGUCAUUGAAAAAUGGAACCAAAAAUGGAAGACGGCGAGGAUAACAAAUGGAGAUUCUAACCAGAAGACACAUCACCAUGGACAUGCUUCAAAAGAAAAGACAGUUAACAUGACUUUUAUCAAUGCAUACGUGAGAGCAGUGGUUGAGUCGGCCUAUUUACUCUGGUACUGGGAAGUCUGCCUUCUGGAUAGCAUCGGGGAUUAUAAAAGUACAUCAAAACUCACGAAAAUAUGAGGUACUUUAGGUGAUGUGUAUUGACAGGAGAGGAUAUUUUGAUACACAAGUUUUGCCGAAUAUUUUAUAACCAUUAUAUUUAUAUCCUUUACUGCUGACAAUUUACCCAGCUUCUGCUUUUAGAUAUUUUUUUUUGGUACAUGUUUUCUUUCUUAAGAUUAUUACACACUUUAAUUACUUGUUUUCAUCCUUCAAUCCUUGCCCUCUUUACAAUGGUGGAUUCAGACAUACAUGUAUGUAACAAGUAUCAGGGAAGAUCAUGAUUUUAAUGUAUCAAAUGCAGGAAGAAUAUUUUAGACCUUUCAUCAGUAUAACUAUAUGUAAUAAAUGAUAAAAUCUUUUAAAUAA